UAACUUUUUAAUACAAUGUCGAAUGGCGACGAUGACAUAACUAAAUUUACCAUAAAUAUCAGGGCAGCAAUUCCCGAAACUCGGAAAGAUAGUUACUUUAAUUUCCAAGAACUAGCUAAGACACACAGGAUCAAUAGAGAGAGAUUUAUCAUGGGUUCAGAAGGUCAGGCAAAGCUUCCUGUUGUAGAUUUAACCAACGCUGAAAAUUUGAAGCCUGGAACUGAGGCAUGGAGGUCGACAUGCAAUCAAGUCCAGCAAGCACUUGAAGAUUGUGGCUGCUUUGAAGCCACUUACGAUGGAGUUCCUUUGGACCUUCACAACGCCAUGUUUUCUAUGAGUAAUGGCCUAUUUGAUCUUCCAGUUGAAACCAAAUGCCAGAAGACCAGUGACAAGCCUUACCACAGCUACAUCGGCCAAAUUUCUUCCCUUCCACUUUACGAAUCCUUGGGAGUCGAUUAUGCGACAACUCCUGAAGGAGUUGAAAAAUUCACAAAUAUGAUGUGGCCUGCAGGAAGUGACGAAUUUCGUGAGAAAGUUCAUACCUUCUCAAAUCUGGUAGCCGAGUUAACUAAAUUGGUGACGAAAAUGGUGUUUCACAAUUAUGGGGUACAAAGGCUUUACGAAUCUCACAUGGCGUCGACAAUUUACCUGCUGAGAUGGUCUCAGUAUAGAGAACAAAAAGAGAAUGAAACCAACGUGGGACUACCCCCUCACACAGACAAGGCCUUCAUAUCCAUUCUUCACCAAAAGGAGGUGAACGGUUUGGAGGUGAAAACAAAGGAUGGUCAGUGGUUUGUUGCUGAGCCUUCACCCACAUCAUUUGUAGUCAUGGCAGGCGACGCUUUCAUGGCAUGGAGCAAUGGUAGAGUGCCGUCUUGUUUUCACCAAGUGAUCAUGAAACAGAACAAAACCAGAUUAUCAAUUGGACUCUUCUCAUGGCUUAAUGGAACUGUACAAGUACCGGAAGAGCUAAUCGACGACAAACACCCCUUAUCCUAUAAGCCAUUUGAUCAUUUCAGUUACCUUCACUUCUCUGUAACACCAGAGGGAAAGCAAUCCAAGUGUGCUAUCAAAACCUACUGUGGAGUUUAACAUCUCUUUUGGUUUAUCUUACUUUAAAUUGCAAAAUAAUUCUCUGAAGCGCCGGCGGGCUAGCUAGUAUAAUCUUUAAUAUGUUCCAAAGUGUAGGUUUCUUAUAAUUUUCUUUUGCAUGUAAUAUGGCUCUUUUGAGUGUUGUUGAUCUUAGUUUAUUCUUGGCUUCCACUGAAUAAAUAAAGUUUAUGGUUUACUU